UUCUGAACCAACUGUCUCUGCGCCUCCAUCUCUUUCUCCGCUUGCGUCUGCUUCUCACGCGGAGGCCUAGAUCGCAUCCCCCCCAACUCCUCUGACGCUUCCGCUGCUGCAUGCUCCCCUUUCGAUCGCUAUUCCAAAUCCAAACUAUUACUAUUUUGGGGUUUUCAUGUUCCGGCUGUCGCGCUCUCUCGCUCUCUUCCCUGAGUCCUGAGUCCUGAGUCCCCGAGUUCGCAUUUUCCGUGCUACUCCGCACAGAGCAACGCUGCAUUCUUUUUGCUCUGUGGCGUGUGUAGUGUGCGGUAAUGGUGUGGAAGUUGUGUGCUGCACCGCUGACUCGUAGCCUUGACUCGUCCGGACUUGCCUCCAGCUCCAAAUUGCAGAAUAAAUUUGCUAUUCUUCGUGUGGAUAGGAGGUGCCUUUUAUAAGUGCCCGACAUUGAUUUAUGCUCCCCGUACGUGCUGAGCUUAAAUCCUAUGCGCGUGUAUCUUAUUGUUACUUGGGUUAUGGGUAUGGUAUUGGAUUUGUGUCUUUAGAUUGUGUGGCGAAAUGGAGGGAGAUUGGUGGGGUGGACGAUCGGUUUCAGUGCAGACGUGGGUUGAGGCUUGGUAUUUCGUAUUCGAGGCGGAAACUUACCGUGGAGGUUGUGAUUCGAGGGUUUUAGUUACCUCUGAGCCUGGUUUCAGAAUUCACUGUGUGAGGGGUGUGUCAUGGAGUUGCUCGCAAGGGAUUGUCGCUGGGAGUUUGAAAUUCUGGUCCUCGUUAGUUCGAGUAAUCCUGUGCGUUGCUCCCUCCAACAUUCACAUACUGCCAUGCAAUGCUUGGGAGUGUGUCAUGAGAUGCUUGGGAGUGUGUCAUGACAACUGUCAUUCAACCCUCGACACUAAGUUCUCCUUUUACUGCAUGGUAUGUGGAUGAAAGCAGGGUAGGUGAAUUCUGCUUUUGAAGAUUACUGAGAAGCGACACCGCCCUGCAUGGUACGACGAGGGUUAUGAUGAGCGGGAGCUUCUGAGCGUUGCGGCUUGUCUAUGUGACUGUCACUGGGAAAAUGUAGCGGUUGAUGUUCAUGAAGUGCUGGUGUCGUGGUGGCCUGGAGACCUUUGAUUCUGGUGGAGAUUUAGGAGCUAAUCUAGUUAUUUGAGGAAUAUACGAGUGCUGAUGGCGCUUGACGAUGUUGUGAUCAACUUGGGCUCGGAUUAUACUGAUCCCUGGGGAGGGGAAAGACGUGAAGUUGAGACAAGCCAUGGACCGAUUUCAGUUCUUGUGUGCGGAGACCAGUCAAAGCCCGCCCUUGUCACCUACCCUGAUGUGGGCCUAAAUUACCUUGCAUGCUUUGAAGGGUUAUUCUCAUUUCCUGAGGCGACUUCUGUUCUCUACCAUAAUUUCUGCAUUUAUCACGUUGACCCACCCGGUCAUCAGGAUGGCGCAGCUGAGAUCCCCGCUGAUCUACCCUUGCUGUCCAUGGAAGACUUAGCAGACCAAGUCGCAGAAGUCUUGGAUCAUUUUGGGGUGCAUGAAAUGAUUGGUUUGGGUGUGGGUGCUGGAUCAUACAUACUGAACCUUUUUGCGAUUAAGUAUCGAGAGCGUGCCAUAGGACUCAUUUUGGUUUCACCAAUUUGUCGAAAGCCCUCAUGGUCGGAAUGGCUCUAUAAUAAGGCGAUGAUAAAUAUUUUGUAUUAUUGUGGAGCUACGAAUUUUGUCAAGGAUUCUCUUCUGCAACGGUACUUCAGUCAAGAAGUGCGAGCUUCACCUGUGGGAGCUGAGGUUCUCGAUAAUUAUCGCAAACAUUUCGGUGAUCACCCAAGUCGCAAUAUCAUGCGGUACAUGCAAUCUAUUCACCAAAGAGCCGAUAUUACUGAAAAUCUGCGAAAGCUCAAAUGCCGCACUCUGGUAAUCGUAGGUGAAAACUCUCCGUUCCACAGUGAAGCUCUUCACAUGAGUACUGUGAUGAGACCACGAUACCAAGCCUUAAUCGAGGUACAAGCAUGUGGAUCCUUGGUAACUGAGGAACAACCCCAAUCAAUGAUAGUCCCAAUCGAACUAUUCCUGAUGUUCUAUACUUUUUACAAGCGUCCGGUAUCGCUCUCCUCACCGAAAAGUUCGCUCAGUCCGCCCUGCGUAUCUCCGGAGCUGCUCUCAUCCGAGAGCAUGGGUCUGAAACUGAAGCCGAUCAAGACUCGCGUCUCUCGGUGAGGAUGGAAGAGUACAUGUCCAACUGAAAAAUGCAUUUGUUCAAUGCAAGGUUCCAUUUACAUAUCCAUACUUUGGCCUCCAACCCGUGACCAGGUUCGUGAUCUCCCUUGCUGUAAGGGGAGACUCACGCCAGCACUAACUGGCCUCAUGUCAACCACAUCAUUUUUUGAAUAAAGAGGGUCCUGUACCAUAUUAUCUCAUUUGUUUA